AGGAUGAGGUAAAAAUGUUAUGGAGGAUAGCAGCCAAGUCAUUAUCCAGACGACCUGUUCAGUGUCACUCAGUACGGAGGGAAGCAUAAUCCCCUUUACACCGGGCGAUGUGUACCUUUGUGCAAGUGACAACGCUGAUGUCACUGACUUGUGGUGUUUGGUUGUCCUGCACAAGCGUAAUUUUCCUAGGAAAUACAGUAUUGUCAGGCAACUGACCAAGAUAACAGUGAGGAAGAGGGGUGACAAGAUUGGGUUUAUUGUCAUUGAAUUUGAUGACACAAAUCAGGUGAAACUGAAGGAUUUUCCCUCCGAUCCAACAUAUUUUGCAAAAGUUCUUGACUUUUGUUUCAACAACAAAACUGACCCUGAUCUGAUUGAAAAACUUAAAGAUGAGAAAUUGAAGGAGAAGCUUCAAGACAUUGACACCAAGCCAACCUACAACGGAACUGGAGUUGACAAACCGAUCAUUAUUGAUAUUUCUCCCGAAUCUUCCUCACGAGGGAGCACAUUCGAGCACUUUGACGACCGUUCAGUCUCAAGUCUGGGUAGUUUGGAGAGCGCUGAGUUUGUUGAUGCUCACAAGGCGAUCAGACGCAGCUUCGCUGGGAGUAACAGGGCACUAGAUGCUGGCUGUAUUACUCCACCAGUUAGAUGCAUUGCAAGCAUCGAAGAAACCCGAGUCAUAAACGAGGCUGACGUGGAAGAGAUUCCAGAAAAGGAACAACCUACCACAGCCACUAAAAACCACUUUAAUCGCAGCUCUGCUGGGUCGGGUCGCUCCUCACUAAAACAGAAAAUGUCACUUCACCGCGGUUACCACAGCAUGGGCAGCUCCCCUGUCUCUCCUUCACUACUUAAUGGUGAAGGGUUUUCUUCUAAACGGGGACGUGCCAUCGCAAGAGCAUUCUCUCACAGACAGUACCUCGCAAGAUGUCUUAUCAAUAGCUUCCUCGCACGGCUCUGGUUCCACCCCGCCGCGGGAGUUUGUUGUAUCCGCGUUUGAGCCGAACAACUGCGGAGCUGAGUUUACUGUGUCGUCUCAGAGCUCCUAUGAUGAACUCAGGGGCAAGUUGACAGCAGCCACUUGCCGCCCGGAAAAGAGAGUGGAGUACCCCAAAUACUGCACUUUUAACUACCCAGCUACUUCCCCUCCUCUACCUAGCUUCCCUGAUGUCAGCCGCCGCUCCAAACGCAGGCUCACUAGUUCAAUAAACUCCUCACAAGAGAACGACCUUCUAAAGCCCUCCUCUCAAGAGCCGGCGGCUAAAGAGCGGCGCCGUAUCCUCAGUGACGGCACCGCCUCUUCCACCGCCUCCUCCACCGCCUCCUGUAAACGCUCCACCCUGAACACCCUCCACAGCAGAAGGUCCCGGUUAAAAUCCUCCCCCAGCAUCCCAGACAGACGCUUCUCCAGCUACCUCCAGAGGAUACAGCACACUUUGUAUAAUGGUGGGGAGGUGGAUGAGGACUACGUUAAGAGGAGCAAGUCUUAUGAUUUCGUACCGGAUGAGGCUACUUUAGAUAUUGGGGCUGCUCAGGCAAAGUCAACGUUCAGGCAUACGGGGAACAGGCAGAAACUGAGGUCUGAUCAUGUGAAGAUAGUGAAUAGUGUACAACAGGAUAACGGGGUUAGGGAGCCCUUGAAGAAGAUAGAUAGGAACAGAGACAUGGCCUUCAGCUACAAUCACACCACCAAACCAGAUAUUGUAGAAAUCUCUCAGGAAUUCGAGAAAUGUGACUCUGAUUUUCUUCCUGCUACUAUCAUUGAAUCAACGAUAGUAUCGGACGAAUUAGAUUCCAUAGGAAAUCUCCUGGACUCUGAUGGACCAGAAAAAACGGAUUUGUACUCAGAUUCCUUAUCUCCUCUUAACAAUGAGAACGAUAACGGUAACUAUGGUAACCAGUCUGGUAACCAUAGCAACCAGACGAUUAUAGUAACCAGUCCUGCCAGAACAUUGAAAUUGAAUGAGGAUGUUGAUGUGAUAUCAGUAGAUAGAAGAAGUUCAGAUAUUGAGAAUAUAACCCCAAACUUGGUAACUAUGGUAACUAACUUGGACAGUGGUAUUUCAAAUGGGAUGCAGGUGGUUGUGGACAAAAACGUAGAUCAUAUAAAUUUUGAGAUCGAGGAAAAAUUGACAAACGGUACACAUGACAACCUGGCCCCGCUAGAGGAGGAGAUUGAGCCUGUUCCUAAAAGUGAGGAGGUGAAAACUGAGGUUACAAUAAGUGAUGAGCACACAAGUAAUGAGGUCGAGGCCGGGGGUUUCGAGCUGGGUGAUCUGGGCGAUCUGUCAGAUUCUAGUAUCUUCAUGAAGUGUGCUCCAAACAACAGCCCACUAUCAGACACCACCCCUGGUGAGGAAAGUGAUAAGAGCGAGUCCACAGCGCUGGAGAAGCGCACGCUGCGCCCGCGCGAGCCACUCGCUAACGUGCGGACCCGCGGAGAGACUACUUCUAGUACAACCUCCAGUACAACUAGUUCCGAUACUAAACCUGAUCGACCCAGAAGGAGGAGUGAAUCUGAUGCAGGUAUUGUAUACCCAGGCAUUCCCAAACCUCACGGCUUCAUCAAUCUCGGCAACACAUGCUACAUGAACUGUGUUCUUCAGUGUGUUUUGACGGUGCCCUCAUUUAAUACCCUCCUUCAUGCCCCUUCAAACCCCUUCAGUCCUACUCUAUUUAACUUUCUAGCUGCUCUACUCCAACGCAAAGCUAUCUGUGGAGGUGCUAAAGAGAAAAGAGAACUUCUGGUAAAAGUAAAGAAUCUUAUCUCGGAGGCUACAUCCCUGUUUAAAGGAUCCAAACAGCAGGACGCACACGAGUUCCUGGGCAAGUUUCUAGACGUUCUGCGGGAGGAGAGGAAACACUCGCUGAAGUGUCCUGUCUCUAGGACCUUCCAGUGUGAGGUAAUCCACACUCUACGCUGUGUAGGCUGCAGAUCAGGUGGUCAGAAGACCGAGAAGUAUUAUGAUUUCUCCCUCAACCUUCCUGGCCGUAAUCUCCAGCCUCACAACUUAGCUGAACUGUUGGAGGACUACUUUGCUACAGAUGAAGUGGAGUUGAAGUGUAGUUCCUGCGGACACGACACAGCUCAAGUGCAGCACAGGUUCUCACAAUUACCUCAGGCUCUGGUGCUACACGUACAGCGCUACGCUUUCUCGCGCAGUGGAUCGCGGGAAGGUAAGCGGCAGGACAGUAUACUCAUCCCCUCUAGACUAGACAUCACUAAACUGGGCAAGGACACUGUCAAGGGCAGCCAAAGUAGCAGAGUAUCAAUACCGGACAGCAACACUCCGCCUGUACCCCACAACUUACGUACUCGCACUAAAGGCCUCUACUCUUUACACGCAGUUAUCUCCCAUCUUGGAGAAUCCCGAGAGUGUGGCCACUACAUCUGCGAUGUCCGUGAGUCUGGUCAGUGGUACUUUUACGACGAUGUAAACAUGCACGUGAUAGACCUGCACUACGUGCGCGCGCAGCGCAAGAACUCCUGUUACCUCUUCUUUUACCUGAAGGACGACAACCUGCUCGAAAGUUGAAAUAUAUAUUUAUAUAAAAUAUAUAUUUAUAAAAUAUCGAUCACGUUUUUUAGACUUUGAUGGUAUUUUUUAGGAUAUUCCAGGUUUCAGAGGCCUACAUCUAGUCUAUUCCCUAGUUUUAGAUGUUGAUGGCUGCACUUAAAUGCUUGCAUUUGACAAUGUACCCGAGUGAAAAUAAUUUUAAAAGAGUUAAAAUGAGAAAGAGUCAUGAAGUAUUGAAAUCUGUCUACCCGUUUGCUGAUGAAAAAAUAAUCGUUUCUGGUGAUAUCAUAUAAUACUUUUCUGGUGCCCCUUCCCUCACAAAUUGCAAUGCAAGCUUACUUUAAGUUUUUUAUGAGAUGAUCGACUUUUAACUUGUCAUAAAUCUUAUUUUACUAAAUGUAACUUAUUUUAUACGUAGUGUGUUAGAUAUGAUUAAUAUAAUUCAUAGAGAGCUUUAAUUAUAAUUGAUGGGUCUCUUUAUCUUUGAUCGCCCAUUUCUAAAAGUUGCUGAUUUGCUCAUACUUGAUCUUAAUUCAGAGUAUUUUAUUUUGUGCUAAUUUGCCUUAUUGGGAUACAUGUAAUUACUUUUUGUUAAUGUUAUUACAAAAUCGUU